AUGUCGAGGGCAGGAAGCGGGCGGAGGGCGGCCCGCCGCGGCGCGGUGCAGGAUGAGCUACAAAAGGCAAUUACUGUGCAUGCAGCAAGAGAGCAAGCCACUGAAUACUCAGAUGACUUUGAGAGUGACAAAGAUAACAUGAUAAAUGGUGCUGGGGAAGAACUUAAUGAAAGUUAUUCAAGUGAUGAAAGCACUAAGAAAUCAGUUGCUGUUGAGAGUCCUCUCUCAGAUGAUGAUGCUUCACAAAAAGCAGCAGAUUUGGAAAAUGAAGCUGUUGAUGACUUGUCUUUAUCCUUUCAUGAAAAGAAGCUUCAGCAAAUAACACUUUUAGAAAGUGAAAACAUAAAGGAUGACAGAAAAGAUGGUGAAGAAGGAUGUCUGAAAAGUCAAAAUGGGGGUGAUGACAGAAAAAAUAAUGAAGAAUGUUCAUCUGCUGAAGAAGUACAGCAUGAUAAUAAUGAAAGUGACCACUGCAAUGACUUGCCUAUUCUUAAACUACAAAAGAAAAGAAAUCAGGAGAAAAAAAUACCAAUACCAAAGCCACGGGUGCACAAACCAAGAAAUGCCUCAGCAUCAGAUCAAGAUCAGAUCAACACCAGUGACUUGAAACUGGAGGACAGUAAUAGAAAAUCCUCUGCUGUGAUAGAAGCAAUGGUGAAUGCAGUAGAUGAGGAAACAAAGAAAGUAGAGAAGUCAGCAGAAGAUAAUUCAGAUGAAAUGGUGAAAACAGUGGAAGGGCAAGUAAUAACUGAUACAAUACAGGAGGUAUCGGUAAAUGAUCAAUCUGAGCAUCUGGAGGCAAAGAACACUUCAGAGGACUGUAUCAAGAAACUAAGUGAAACAAAAGAGACUGUUCUACAAGUCAGGAAAGCUUCUUUAUCUGACAGGUCUCUGUUUUCUGCACACUUAAAGAAAAAAGUGAAAGCUGUUCCAUCAGCUACACCUGUUUCAUCUCAGUAUAUGGGAACAUUAAAGGUGUUGGAGGAUAAAGACGUGCAGAAGAACAGUACAGAAUUUAACAAAGCAGAUAGUUUACGAGCAGCUGUUUUCCAGAAUUGGUUGGAAAUGAAAAAGCACUACCUACGGGAAUCAAAGAGGAUUGAAAAGGAGAAAGCUGAAAAUCUAAGGAACAAUAUUGAACAGAAAGAAGCUGUUAAAAGAGAGGAAGCAAUUGCAUCUUUUGAAGCAUGGAAAAGAAAGAAAGUAAGAGAAGCAAAGGAGUUAAGGGCAAAAAAGAAGCUUGAGGAACGUAAGAAAAGUGAAGCAGCAGAACAGAAUAAGGAUAAAAGUGAAGCAGCACAGAAGGCAUUUGAAAAAUGGAAAGAAAAAAAAAUGGAAUAUUUAAGAGAGCAAAGCAGAAAGGAAAAACAGUCUGAAUCAAGAAAGAAGAAGAAAGAAGAGGAACUGAUUGCAGAGAAGAAGAGAGACAGCAUGUCAGCAGUUGAAAAAUGGAAUGAAAAAAAGGAAGAAUAUAUAAAACAGAAGAAAGCAGAAAAAAUCCAAGAGAGAAGAAAGCAGGAAAUUCAACAGGCAAAGAAGGAAGAAAAAAACAAAAAGGCUGUGGAGGAAUACGAAAAAUGGCUGGAAAAGGUAGAGAUGAGAGAGCAGCUUGCGAAGAAGCAAAAGAAGUUGCAGACUGUUCAUGGGUACGAAGUGCUUUCUCCCUGGAAUCCACCUGGCAAAGUCACAUAUUAAAAGAACUACUGAGCUGUCUAU